CGAGAGGAAGAGAUCGAAAUUGUUGGUGUUGCUGUGUGCCCAGCUAGCACACAGCAUAUAUUUCUUAGCACUCGGUGAAGGCGGGGUUGACCUAUGGAUAUUUUUCAUACAACCUUCCCACAAUGUUCUGGGAAUGGUGCAGGAUAGUUGCUUGGCUUUGGAACAUUUCUCAGGACAUUUAAGGAACGUGACAAAAUAACGUAAUUUUCUUGGUAUUUCGUUACUUUAACAGAACAUUUCAAACAUGGUUACAUUUAAUAUAUUUUUUUGUCAUGUUCUAGGAUUGUUCGCCUACUGGUUUGACAUUGAGAAUUUUCUCAAUUAGUUCAGAGAAUGUGAAGAAACAACGUUCUCCUAUUGGAAUUUCAAUACUUCAGCAAAACGUUUCCAACAGAUUUCCUCAUGGUUCUAUUUUAAGUAAUGUUCCCCAAAAAAUGUAACAACGUUGAGAAACAAUGUUCUUCAGGUUUUCUUGUGGUUCUAUUUAAUGUCAUGUUCUCAGAAUAUUAAGAAAACAUUCCAUAAAAACGACACGAAAACAUUAGUAAUGUUCAAAUAACUUUUUAAUUAUUAUAUUGAAAAUCCUAUACAUUCCGUCCUCUGCAUCAACAAAACUCUCUCUAUCCUAUAUCUUGUUAAGUGUGUUCAGAUGUGUUGGUCGAGCCCACUAAUUGUCCACACCUGAUUUUAAUGAGUGCUUGUUUCCUUUGAAAUGGGGUCUGUUUGAAUAGACCAAAAUGAACAGCUUAGUAUGAGUUAAAAAAAUACUAGAUCCAUCCUGGUGGUGCAGUGGACUAAUUCCAUGGAUAGAGAACAGAAGAUCAUAGGUUCAAAUCUCACUGAUGCUGUGCCACAAAUUGUUAACGCCUAAGCAAAUGAAUUUCCAUGUGUCCGAUCUGUACCUGGAGUUCAAAACGUUAACCUAAGCUAGCAGUGCUAUUGAAAAAUCCAUGAAUGUUUUAUGGAAGUUAUACAAAAAAAACUCAAAAUAACCUCUAAUGUCUGUUCUCAGAACAUUAACAAAACCUCCCAGGAAAACUUUCAGAAAUCCAUAGUAAAAUGUUCUCAGAACCUCCCGGCAACCUAAAAAUUAACGUUCCCAGAACAUGUUUAAAAAACUUUCUGCUUUACCGGUCAGGAAACGUAUGACUUCGUUCCCAGAACCAGUGGGAAACCAAAGACGUAGGUUCCCACAAUUUCCAAGGAACCAAAUGUGCUAGCUGGGUAUGUAGGAAUAUAUAUGGUGACUGCUGUGCUACUUCCUGAGAGCAUUGGCAGAGAGAGGCAUGGAAUAAUCUAACGGGGUGAGCUGAUACUAAGGUGUGUGGGGUCGAGGUGAAAGAGGAGUUCGCUGGGAAUCAUGUGAUUGGACAGCGAUGUUUACCUGCAUCAUGUGACUUCACAGAGAAGAUUAUACUAUAGGGUCUCCAUUAUGGCUGUUGUGAUGUGUAUCUCUCUCCUCCUCUUCCUGCUCCUCCUUUUCCUCUCCCUCACUCCUCUCCUCCAUCUGCAUGCCUUCCCCCUGGCCACAGAGGCACCACCUCACCCACACACAGACACACAGACAGAUGUACAGGUUUCACACAGCCCUUUAGGGGCCUCCUGGGCUCUGGUAGGCCUCAACGCUGGAGCCAGAAUGGCCGACUCUCUGGGUUGGUUUCCAGGGCUGAGGGGCUCCAUACUGGAACCUGAGGAAACUGAGAAACAGGACUACACAGACGAGUUUCAAGGAACUAUCGGUGAAUACCAUGAUUUGCUGGAAAGCCCUGAGCAGUCACCUAAAACUGUCCCCAGACAAACAGGGCCAGAGACAUUCAGAUUCACAGAGGCAGACAGUGUCACUGCAUGGAUGGAAAUCAAACCUCCAAUUGGGACCUUAUUUAGGAAUGGACUACCAGACUGGAUCCAGGAUGGAGAUCCUGAAAACAAGCUGAAAGAGAGCAACACCAGGGAGAAGGCUGGAUACCCACUAAUAACUUCACAGGAUGGACAGACUCCUCUGAUAUAUCUGUCACUCCCACAGAAUGGAGAUAGUAUUGGUAGACCAACACCCAUCCUUCUCUUUCGCUCUGACUAUACAGAGACCCCAGGCUUUAAUCCACUCACUAGGCCUACUUUACCAACCCCAGUGACAGCACAGCUAGGCUCCACUACUGACCCGAACCAAGACCAACCCAUAGCCUUGGCCACAGACAAAGGGUUGCUAUCUCUGGACCAACCAGCCACCCCACAAAGAGACAUGAUGGAAGGAGAUAUCGUGAUGGAGACUGGAGACUUCUCAGAAUUGGAGGACUACACAGAAAACCUCACAGAUACAGGAACAAACACAGGUGUGUCUCCAGAGGAGGUGUGGCCUAAGUCAGCCACCAAUGAGACACCUAUCCUCGACUGCAGCCUGGAGACCAAGGCCACACCCUGCAACACAAAUCAAUCCUGGAGCCCUGUUUACCCUGAUGACAUCAUCUCAAAUAAAUCCCAGCGCCCCAUUCUGUCUCUAACCCCUCCUCUCUUCGUGCCUCUGUAUUCUGAUUGGAACUCAGCUCUGGCCACCUGGGGCUUUGCCUGGGAGGUCCACAUCUACGGUCUGGGAUCUGUUUUCGCUGCAUUAGGUCUGAUAUCUGUACUCUGCCUGUUAGGCCUGCCCCUGCGCUGCCCCCCGGGAAGCCCCUACUUCACCCUGCUGCAUCUGUUCCUCCUGGCUACUGGAGGCACUAGAGCAUUCACUCUGCUGUAUGAUGCUUAUAGUCACCAGGACCGCCUGUCUGCUCUGGGCUCUCUCCUACUUUCUGAGCUACCCUUACCCUGCCUCACCUCUGCCUUCUCCCUCUCCUUCCUCCUCCUCUCCCUCCGCUCUCGCAUGCACCUCUCCCUCCCUUUCUCCCUCUCUCUUUCCCUCCCUCUCUCAGCUCUGCCCCGGCCCUGUCUCUUGUUCUCCCUCUCCCUGUUGCACUUUGGGGCCUCCCUGGGCUCCAUAACUCUCUUCCAUGUCUUCCCCAGCCUCCCUGUCCUCCUCCUACUCCCCCAGGGAGUGUUCAUCCUCCUCUGCCUCCUCCUCCCCUGCUCCUUCCUCCUCUUCUACUGCUUUGUACGACAAGACACCAAGCAUGUCCAACGGCUGAGUGAUGGUGAGGGAGAGGUAACAGGUUCCCCGGUGUUGGUGGGGCGGCCGUCCCGCUGCCCAUUCGCUGAGGCUGGGGAGUGGAGCAGGGCGGCAGGGGCUGGGGUGGGAGGGUCUCUGUGCCUGUUAAGCUGUGGGGGGCUCCAGCUGUAUGGGAUGUUACAUGCAAUGGGGUUUGGAGGGGUGAGUGCUGGGGCGGGGUUUCAGCCCUGGCCUUGGUGGGGCUACCAGCUGGGCUGCAGGCUCUGUGAGGUGGGGGUGUGUCUGUCCUUGUCAAUUAUCGGCACUCAUCCCCUCCUCUUCUGUUGCUCCAACUCUUACUCCUGCCCCUGGACUAAACCAAACUGCAACCCCCGUCCGGGGUCCUGGGUGCAGCUGCCCUGUGCCUCACCCUCAGGAGGGCCUAGCCACCCCAUUCCCCCCUCCCCAGCCCUCCCCCCUCACUACCCCUGGUCCCUGGGGCAGGAAGAGAAGCUGGUGGUGUGUGAUGUCAUCAGUAAGCGCCAGUCCGAAGCGUUCCCCCUUUAUACACUAAUGGACCCCCCCUCAAACGGACUGAACCUGCAUCCUAACCCUAACACCCACCCUGGCCAGACCAGAACCUCAAGACACCUCCACCUCCCUGACCCUCCCAGCCCACCAUGGAUGCCUCAAGCUGGGGUUGCAUCCCAGGGCUCUUCCCAGGCUAGUCUAGUUCUGGACACUGACUCCACAAUGUACCUGCACCCCCCCUCUCCAAUUGACCUGUCCCGGAGCAUAGACCAGGCCCUGUACAGCGAAACCCUGUUCCCCCACAGUCUCUUCAGUCAUCCCAGGCUACUCCACGCAUCCUCCAGCCUCUCCCUGAACUCCCCUGGCUCCCACCUCAGCCAGAGUGCCUCACAACCUGGACACAGCUCAGCCGACAGCUCCCUCUACCGGACCUCUUCCUGUAGAGAUGUGGAUAUGUCUCCUACACGGCCUCCCCAGCCAGGGUGCAUCCUCCCAGGCCACGGCGAUCCCAUCUCUCCCCCUGAGCGCUGGUGGAGAGGUAGUAACUCCAGCUGCAUGUGCCAGGAAUCCCUGAGGGGGUCUUCCCAGGGUCUGUUCUCCAGCCCGGGGGCAGGAGGGGCGCAUUCUCAUCCCCACUCCACGAGAGGGCAGCUCCCCUCCCAGAGCAGUCUGCCCAGGAUGCUCCCCAACCUCUCCCACCACAGACGCUACCGCACCCUCAGCUCCGCCUCGCAGGACAGUCGGGGGGAGGGGCGGCUGGCGGGCAGAGAGGACCUGAGUGAAAGCAGGUUGCUGGAACGGGAUCUGGCCGUACAAGCGGAGUUCGUCAACGUGUGCCGACAGAUCGAUGCUCUUAGCGUGUGCAGUGACACUAUUGACCUGUAGGUAGAUACUACUGGGUUUGAACCUUGAGUCAUCUAUGCGCCACAAGACACUGUUAGUCUGCCGAACUAAACCAAUAUAUUUAUCUGUUAUGUAAGGACAUAAGGAUAUGAUGUAAAAUGCACAGAGAUUAUAUAUUGACCUCUAGAGAGAUCUAAGUACUUAACUGAUAAGCUAACGUUUGUGUUUAAGUGGUUAACAUUGAGCUCAGUUAGCUUUUUCACUGCUACAUCAGACAUGUUUGGAGGCAUUACUAUUAGUUACAGUUUUCUGGGAUUCUACAUGUAGAAAAUAGACAGAAAUUAGACUUAAUUAGAAGUGAAUAAAGAGAUACAGUUCUGUUUGAUUAGUUAUAAGUGUACAGUUAUAGAGUUACAAUAUGUGCUAAAUGAAACAACUUUCUGAACCAACCAAUGUAGAGUAGAUUAGAACACUAAUGUCAGUGUAGUGUUGACGAUAGCCAUAGAAAUUUGCAAGAUCACUUCAUUCUUUAGUGGCACUUACUGAGGGAGAGUGAACAUAGUGUAGCAGAUGCUGUCAUACUGUACAUUAUAGCUGUUUUUUUUAUUAAAACAUUUGUUCUUAUAAAGCAUUUAUAACUGGUUCCCUACCACAAGCGUAUCUGUUUAAGUCACAACAGCAAUAUCAACCAGGAGUUGUGUUAGAGUGUCCAAGUGCCAAAUGUAGCUAUGGAACCAACACCAAAUCAAUCUGAGAGAUCUAACGUUUUUCAGAUAGGAACUAAUCUAACUGAAAACCAGCUCAUCCUCUGAUAUUCACACUGACUUCAAACCUUUUUUCUACAAAGAGUAUAUGUGUCAUACUGUACAUACAUCAUUAAAGGCUGUGUAAAAUGUUUUAUUUGUAAAUACAAUGUACAUGGAAAACAUUUAUACUGUAUGGCAUGUAUCAUAGACAAGGUAUGAUAAACAAAACAGUAAGUUUAUGAUGUUUGAAAACAUAAGUCAUUAAUUGUAGUGUAUGAACAUAGAACAGAUACACUAUAGAUAAUACUGUAGACCUUUAGGGAUUCUUCAACUCUAUACAUUGUCAUGAGCUACAGGCCGUAUCACAUGGAGUUGUUUCAGUUGAACUUACAGUACCUGUCAAAAGUUUGGACACACCUACUCAUUCAAGAGUUUUUCUUUAUUUUGACGACAUCAAAACUAUGAAUUAACACAUAUGGAAUUAUGUAUUAACCAAAAAUGUAUUAAACAAAUUAAAAUAUAUUUUAGAUUCUUCAAAGUAGCCACCCUUUAUCUUGAUGACAGCUUUGCACACUCUUGGCAUUAUCCCAACCAGUUUCACCUGGAAUAUUCUUUACAACAGUCGUGAAGGAGUUCCCACAUAUGCUGAGCACUUGUUAGCUGCUUUUCCUUCACUCUGCCGUCCAACUCAUCCCAAACCAACUCACUCUGAUUGAGGUUGGGUGAUUUUGGAGGCCAGGUCAUCUAAUGCAGUACUCCAUCACUCUCCGUCUUGGUCAAAUAGCGCUUACACAGCCUAGAUGUGUGUUGGGUCAUUGUCCUGUUGGGAAAACAAAUGAUAGUUCACUAAGUGCAAACCAGAUGGGAUGGCGUAUCGCUGCAGAAUGCUGUGGUACCCAUGCUGGUUAAGUGUGCCUUGAAUUAUAAAUAAAUCACAGACAUUGUCACCAGUUAAGCACCCCCAGACUAUCACAUCUCCUCCUCCAUGCCUCACGGUGGGAACCAGACCUGCAGAGAUCAUCCGUUCACCUACUCUGUGUCUCACAAAGACAGGCGGUUGGAACCAAAAAUCUCAAAUUUGGACUCAACAGACCAAAGGACAGAUUUCCACUGGUCAAAUGUCCAUUGCUCGUGUUUCUUCGCCCAAACAAGUCUCUUCUUCUUAUUGGUGUCCUUUAGUAGUGGUUUCUUUGCAGCAAUUUGACCAUGAAGGCCUGAUUCACACAGUCUCCUCUUAACAGUUGAUGUUGAGAUGUGUCUGUUACUUGACCUCUGUGAAGAAUUUAUUUGGGCUGAAUUUCUGAGGAUGGUACCUAACGAACUUAUCCUCCGCAGCAGAGGUAACUCUGGGUCUUCCUUUCCUGUGGCGGUCCUCAUGAGAGACAGUUUCGUCAUAGCGCUUGAUGAUUUUUGCGACUGCACUUGAAGAAACUUUCAAAGUUCUUGAAAUUUACCAGAUUCAUGUCUUAAAGUAAUGAUGGACUGUCGUUUCUCUUUGAUAAUUUGUGCUGUUCUUGCCAUCAUAUGGACUUGGUCUUUUACCAAAUAGUGCUAUCUUCUGUAUACCACCCCUAGCUUGUCAUAACACAACUGAUUGGCUCAAACGCAUUAAGAAGGAAAGACAUUCCACAAAUGUACUUUUAACAAGGAACACCUGUUAAUUGAAAUGCAUUCCAGGUUACUACCCCAUGAAGCUUGUUGAGUGAAUGCCAAGAGUGUGCAAAGCUGUCAUCGGGGAAAAGGGUGGCUAACACUUUUUUGGUUAGUUCAUAGUUAUUUCAUAGUUUUGAUGUCUUCACUAUUAUUCUACAAUGAAAGAAAAACCCUUGAUUGAGUUGGUGUGUACAAACUUUUUACUGGUACUGUAGGUGUUGAACAUUCAACAUAGUUUGGAGUUUUUUUCAGUAGUCAGCAGCAAUAGUUAAAAAUAGAAAUAGUAAUGAAUUCAAUGUCUGUUCAUCUAGCUACUACAGAUGUAAAUCUGUAGUGUAAGCCUUGAGUGUGGUUUAUGUUGCUAUUAAACAGCUUAGGCUUGGAAUAAGAAGUACAAAUGGAGUGAGGAGAAAGGGGUGAAAUAAGGAGAAAGAGAAAAAGGGAGAAAGGGAGAAAAGGAUAGAGCGAGGGAGCAAGCAUAACAAAGACCAAAUUGUCCUCUGUUAGUGUGGAAAAAAGACGCUGUCACAAUGUUAGUGAUGACGUUAUGGGCAGCAACUGAUGUAAUGAUGUCAUGUAAUGUCAAUCAGCUCAUUGAUCAUGAUAAGCUUACACAACAUACAUACACCAAAUAAGGAGAUCAGUAGAUUCGUCAACUUCUUUAUUCUGGUUUAUGCAACAGCAUGGUACAGCUUGAGUGAAUUAAAAGCCAGAGAUUGAGAUCACCAGGAUAGAACAAAAUAAAUAACACUAAUAAAACA